UCCCAACCGGCUUCUCCGCCCCAUCUGGUGGGGGCUGGCCCUCAGCCCUCCAGCCCCCUUUUCCCCACAUGUUCCGGAAACCAGGGGCCAACAUGGAUCUUCCCAUCAACAUCAGCUGAGCCUGGAAGCUUCACCCCUUGGGAGACCAUGGAAAGGGACAGCAGCCGGAAUGCUUCCCCAGCAAGGACGUCUCCAGCCUGGGCAUCUCCAGCCUGGGUGUCCCCGGCCCGGGCAUCACCUUCCAGGUCAUCAUCCGGCAGGUCAUCAUCUGCUGGGUCGGCCUCCAUGACAUCCUCUCCGACAAGAACAUGCCUUGUUAGGGCAACACCAGUGGGGGCCGUACCUGUCCGGGCAUCUCCUGCCAGGUCAGCGCCAGCCGCCAGGGCCACUGGGGAGAGCCCAGGUAUCAGCUUUCGCAAGUUCGCCUGGCAGGAGGGCCAGAAACGGCUGCUGCUCAUCGGAAGUAUCAUCCUCCUCAUCGCCCUCAUUGUAUCCCUCAUCCUUCUCUAUGGGGGACGAGAGCCCCAGAGUCCAAGAGGGAUUGCAGUCUACUUCUGGCGGGGCCACACAGGGGUCAAGUACAAGGAGCCAGCAGAGAGCUGCCCCAGGCACUCUGUACGCUGUGAUGGGAUGGUGGACUGCAAGCUAAAGAGUGACGAGCUGGGCUGUGUGAGGUUUGACUGGGACAAGUCUCUGCUUAAAGUCUACUCUGGAUCCUCGCAUCAGUGGCUUCCCGUCUGCAGUGACAGCUGGAAUGACUCCUACUCAAAAAAGACCUGCCAACAGCUGGGUUUUGAGAGCGCUUACUGGACAACCGAGGUGGACUACAGGGAUUUUGCCAGCAGUUUCUCAGUCUCCGAAUACAAUUCCACCAUCCAGGGAAGCCUCCACAGGUCUGAAUGCCCUUCCCAGCGGUAUGUCUCUCUCCAGUGUUCCCACUGUGGACUGAGGGCCAUGACCGGGCGGAUUGUGGGAGGGGCGUUGGCCCCAGAGAGCAAGUGGCCUUGGCAAGUUAGUCUGCACUAUGGCACCACCCACAUUUGUGGGGGCACGCUGAUUGACGCCCAGUGGGUGCUCACCGCUGCCCACUGCUUCUUUGUGACCCGGGAGAAGAUCCUGGAGGGCUGGAAGGUGUAUGUGGGCACCAACAACCUGCACCAGCUGCCGGAGGCAGCCUCUGUCUCCCAGAUCAUCAUCAACGGCAACUACACCGAUGAGCAGGACGACUACGACAUCGCCCUCAUGCGGCUCUCCAAGCCCCUGACCCUGUCUGCUCAUGUCCACCCUGCCUGCCUCCCCAUGCAUGGACAGACCUUCAGCCUCAACGAGACCUGCUGGAUCACAGGCUUUGGCAAGACCAAGGAGACAGACGAGAAGACAUCCCCCUUCCUCCGCGAGGUGCAGGUCAGCCUCAUCGACUUCAAGAAGUGCAACAACUACUUGAUCUAUGACAGUUACCUCACCCCAAGGAUGAUGUGUGCUGGGGACCUCCGGGGGGGCAGAGACUCCUGCCAGGGAGACAGCGGGGGACCCCUGGUCUGUGAGCAGAACAACCGCUGGUACCUGGCAGGAGUCACCAGCUGGGGCACGGGCUGUGGCCAGAGAAACAAACCUGGUGUUUACACUAAAGUGACAGAAGUCCUCCCCUGGAUAUACAGCAAGAUGGAGAGUGAGGUGCGUUUCCGGAAAUCUUAAGCGGCUGUCCUGCUCCACCUCACAGCUCUGGCUGCUGUAAAGACUCGGGCCAAAGUGACUGGGCCAUUUGCAACAUCAUCUGGGCUAAAGGCCACCAGACACCUUUGUUACUGCCACCUCCACUGUCUGCUGCUUCUGCGAAUACGCACAAGUGUGUGUGUUUAUGUGUGCGUGUGUGUGUGUGUGCGUGUGUGUUGUGUUCUCCCAAGGUCUUCAGAAACCAGGAGAGAUGUCAGCUCUUCCCAGACCCCAGGCUAGAAAUCACCUGGAGAUAACAGUUUGGGCACCAUGGAGGUUCCUACGGGGGUGUCCAUAACGGAUGGAGGAGGUAGAGCCUGGGGAAGAGCCUAAAGGUCACAUCAGGAAUUCUUGCUUCUCUGACCUUGAUUCGGAGACUAGCCCAGAAUGGGCAGCCCAGGUGACACCACACACCACUGCUGUCCAGGGACAAUAGCAGUUUUCACUGGAGUGCCUGGACUCUCUCUAGUGGGAAGAUAUUCUGUUGGCAGCACGAGCAUCCUGUCCUCUCUCAGGGCUCCUGCUGGCGCCGUGGAUGUGGGGAGCGGGCUGCGCUGUAGCUGUCCAUGCUGACACCUGGGAACCGGGCUCACUGUUCUUGUUUGGUCACAGGCUGUUGGGGGCAGAUUUCAUUUCAUUUUAUUUUUAUAUUGAAGAAAUGGUAGUAGAUGUAUUUUUAAAGAUUCUCCAAAA